AGACGCUUUUAGUUUGGAACAACACAUUAAACGAGAAUUUGCAGAUUUGCAUCGUUUUCUCCAAGACAAAGAGAAGAAAGUCAUGCAACAGAUUAAGGAAGAUAAAACAAACCCAAAAGAAAAUCUUCAGUGCAUUAAACUUGAUAUUAUUGCCUCGUACGUGCCAACGUCUGAUGGUAACUUGGAGCUCAAGACUAGAGAAACAGAGACAAUGAAUGAGAAGAAAGUAAAAUUUGCAUGCGGGAAAGAUAUGGCCACUCGGAAAACAGAGCUCAUAAAACAGGACCCUAAUGGUUUACUAACUGUACCAGAAACCUUUGACGAUGUUGUUGUUACUUUCUCAGAAGAGGAGUGGAAGCUGUUAAGGACACAAGAUAAAGAGCUUCACAGGGAGGUGAUGGUAGAAAACUAUGAAAACAUGAUUUCAGUGGGAUAUGACAUCCCCCCAAAUAGAUUAUUACUACUGUUAAAAGAAGGCGAUAAGUCAGAAGGUGACGUGGAAGGAAAAGGUACCACAAGACUAAAGAAUAAAUCCGAGAAUAUCUUACGCAGUAGACGAAGCACAGAAUGCAGUCGGCUGUCAUCACUUGAAAGACCCCAGUUACAUCACUCUGCAGAAAACGUGCCACAGUGUGCACAGACUGGAAAGGGAUAUGACAAGCUUCAUCUUAAGCCUAUAAAACAGAUUUCUUUGGGACAUAAGUUGAAAAGGAGUUCUGAAAGUAACACAUGUUUUACUGUACAGCAAGGUCCGGCAAUCUAUCACAGACCUCAUAAACGGAAGAAGUCCUAUAAGUGUACUGAGUGCAGUAAGUGUUUCACAACUCACUUUGGCCUUCGACAGCACUGUGCCCUUCACACAGGGGACAAACCAUACAAAUGUACUCAGUGCAGUAAGUGUUUCACAUUUCUCAGUAGCCUUCGACAUCAUCAACUUGUUCACAGAGGAGAGCGACCAUAUAAAUGUGAUGAGUGUGGUAAGUGUUUCACAUGCCUUAGUAGUCUUCGACUCCAUCAUUCUACUCACCUGAGAGAAAAACCAUAUAAAUGUACUGAAUGCAGUAAGUGUUUUUCAUACAGAAAAAGUCUAGCAGACCAUCAUGCCAUUCACACAGGAAAUAAACCAUAUAAAUGUACUGAAUGCAGUAAGUGUUAUGCACACAAAAGAAGUUUACUACAUCAUCAAAAGACUCACAUGGGUGAGAAACCAUAUAAAUGUACUGAAUGUAGUAAGUGUUUCAUAUUUCUCAGUAACCUCCUGCAGCAUCAGAUAAUUCACAAACGGGAGAAACCACACAAAUGUUCUGAGUGCAAUAAGUGUUUCACAUCUUCCCGUUACCUUCAAUUGCAUCAGGGCCUACACACAGGAGAGAAACCACAUAAAUGUACUGAAUGUGGUAAGUGCUUUGUAAGCAAGGGACAUCUAAGAUACCACUUAAACUCUCACACAGGAGAGAAGCCAUAUAAAUGUUCUGAAUGUGGUAAGUGCUUUGCACAAAAAGAGCACCUAAAAUACCAUCAGUUUUCUCACACAGGGGAUAAACCAUAUAAAUGUACUGAAUGCAGUAAAUGCUUCUCACGUCUUAGUUACCUUCAGCAGCAUCAUGUUGUUCACACGGGCGAGAAGCCAUAUAAAUGUGAAGAAUGCAGUAAAUGUUUCCCACGUAUCAGUAAUCUUCGACAGCACCAAGCUAUUCAUGCAGGAGGGAAGCCAUACAAGUGUGCUGAAUGCAGCAAGUGUUUCACUUCUCUGUCUAGUCUUCAGCGCCAUAUUAGUGUUCACACAGGAGAGAGUAUUUAUAAAUGUGGUGAAUGUAGUAAGUGUUUUACACGAAAAGGAAGCCUACUAUACCAUCAAGUUCUUCACACAGGGGAAAAGCCAUAUAUAUGUACUAAAUGCAGUAAGUGCUUUGCACAGAAGAGAUACUUAAAAUACCACCAGAAGUCUCACACAGAGAAUAAAGGGGUCCGAUUGGAGAGAUAAGUCAGCAAGCAAAGGAGAGUAGUAUUGCUGAAAUUGAAUUCAUCCUCAAGUAUUGGUGAGCACCUUCAUGAGCUGGAUCCUGUUUUUCACAAAAUCUCACCAAGACAACUGAUAUAUAGACUAUAUUUAUAUAGCAUAUAUCAUGGAGAGAAGAAGGUUAAAAAUUAAAGACAGCUGGGUGCACGAUACACAAGAUAAAAACAUGCCCAAUCCUGGUAGGUGCACCAGUGCCAGGACUGGAAAAAAGUAACAGUGGAGAAUCCUCAAAAUACAGAAACAUUCCUACAAUGGGGCCAUACCAUGCCCAGGGGGAUUGUCCCCCUUUUGUAGAAGGAAGUAGCAAUCCACAAAAAAGAAGCACCAUAAAAACUAUAGAGUGGACUG